CAGAAGAUUGUCUGGCUCAGUGUGAUAAUGACUGCAAAGCUUACUGCUGUGAUGGGACUACUCCCUACUGCUGUUCGUAUUAUGCCUACAUUGGGAAUGUCCUUUCAGGCACAGCGAUAGCUGGAAUUGUUUUUGGUAUCGUAUUUAUAAUGGGUGUGAUUGCCGGGAUUGCCAUCUGUAUCUGCAUGUGCAUGAAGAACAACCGUGGGACUCGAGUAGGGGUCAUCCGAACGACGCACAUCAACACUAUCAGCACAUACCCAGUGGCUCCACCACCCUACAGUUACGAAUACGAAAUGGAGUACCCAGCUGACCUACCUCCGCCUUAUACUCCAACUCCACAGACUUCAAUACAGUAUCCCCCACCCCCUCCAUACCCUGGAUAUUCAGGGAAAUGA